GGCUGUCGCGCGGUGUGGUUUAAACAUGGCGGACUGCAUCGCCGCACGUUUGUCGGCUCAGGAGCAGCACAUCGAGGCGCUGAGCAGAGAGAUAACGCGGCUCCGCGAUGGGCUGUCCGGAGCGCAGGUUUCCGCCGCCCUGGCUGACAGUCCCGAGCUGGGAAACCUGCGCAGCGAGAACGAGAAGCUGAAGUACCGGCUCGUUCACCUCCGCCGCAGUCUGCGAGCGGAGUUGGAGCUCGAGACGCACGGUCACGCCAGCGGGGAAAAAGGCCACGAGCCACAUAACAAAGCUUUAAGCGAGAAAGGCAAGAAGACCGUGGUUGAAGCACGGCGGAAAGAACCGAAAGAACGCACGCUUCAGAAGAAUGCUACGCAAGCCAAGCCUCCAGAAGCCCGAAAUACGGCAGACAAGCACAAGAAGAGGCAGAAACCCAAAGAAGGAGGAGCGGAGGAGCUACACCCGUGGCCCAGCUACAUCUCCCAGCGCCUGGAGCUCUACGAGCGGCUGAAGAAGGAGAGCGACACCUUGCUGUCCAAGCGGGCGGCCCACAGCCUGCCCAUCCGGGUGCAACUGCCCGAUGGCCAGGAUGUGGAGGCGCAGUCCUGGAUCAGCACCCCGUACCAGCUGGCCUGUGGCAUCAGUCAGGGUCUGGCCGACAGCUGUGUGAUCGCCCGUGUGGACGGCAACCUGUGGGACCUGGACCGGCCGUUGGAGGAGGACUGCUCUCUGGAACUGCUGCGUUUCGACCACGAAGACGCCCGGGCCGUAUACUGGCACUCCAGUGCUCAUGUCCUGGGAGAGGCCAUGGAACGCUUCUAUGGAGGCUGCCUCUGUUACGGCCCACCUAUCGAGAACGGCUUCUACUACGACAUGUUCCUGGAUGGGCCAAGAGGAGUUUCAAGCGGUGAGUUUGGUGAUCUGGAAGCCAUCUGCAAGAACAUCAUGAAAGACAAGCAGCCUUUUGAGAGGCUGGAGAUCAGCAAGCAGACACUACUGGAGAUGUUCAAGUAUAACAAGUUUAAAUGUCGUAUCCUGAAUGAGAAAGUGAGCACCCCCACCACUACCGUGUACAGAUGUGGUCCCCUCAUCGAUUUGUGUCGAGGUCCACACGUGCGACAUACAGGCAAGAUCAAAGCACUGAAGGUCUACAAGAACUCUUCCACAUACUGGGAAGGUCGUGCAGACAUGGAGACGCUCCAGCGCAUCUACGGGAUCUCGUUCCCAGAUAGCAAGAUGCUCAAAGAGUGGGAGCGAUUUCAGGAAGAGGCCAAGAACCGAGACCACCGCAAAAUCGGAAAGGACCAGGAGCUGUUCUUUUUCCAUGAUCUGAGUCCUGGCAGCUGUUUUUUCUUACCCCGUGGUGCCUACAUUUACAACACGCUCACCGAGUUCAUCAGGGAGGAGUACUGGAGGAGAGGUUUCCAGGAAGUGGCAUCCCCCAACAUCUACAACAGCAAACUGUGGGAGACGUCAGGCCACUGGCAGCACUACAGUGAGAACAUGUUCUCCUUCCCUGUAGAGCAGGACGUCUUCGCCCUCAAGCCCAUGAACUGCCCAGGGCACUGUCUAAUGUUCAGUCAUCGGCCGCGAUCUUGGCGCGAGUUGCCCCUGAGGCUUGCUGACUUUGGUGUGCUGCAUCGUAACGAGCUCUCCGGGACGCUCACGGGACUCACCCGGGUCCGCCGCUUCCAACAGGAUGACGCACAUAUCUUCUGUACCGUGGAGCAGAUUGAGUCCGAGAUGAAGGGUUGUCUGGACUUCCUCCGCUGCGUAUACGAUGUGUUUGGCUUCUCCUUCCAGCUGCACCUGUCCACCCGCCCUGAGAAAUUCCUUGGCGACAUCACCCUCUGGAACGAGGCUGAGGAGCAACUGGAGAACAGCCUGAAUGAAUUUGGUGAACCGUGGAAGCUGAACCCAGGAGAUGGCGCUUUUUAUGGCCCAAAGAUUGACAUCAAGAUUAAGGAUGCCAUCGGGCGCUACCACCAAUGUGCCACCAUUCAGCUGGACUUCCAGCUGCCUAUUCGAUUCAGCUUGACAUAUGUCGGGAAAGACGGGGAUGACAGAGCCAGGCCUGUUAUAAUCCACCGUGCAAUCCUGGGCUCUGUAGAGAGAAUGAUCGCCAUCCUUACUGAGAACUACGCUGGAAAAUGGCCACUGUGGCUGUCUCCCCAUCAGGUGAUGGUGGUGCCUGUUAAUCCGUCCCUUGAGGAAUAUGCCAGUAAAGUGUGUAAGCAGUUCGUGGAGGCAGGCUUCAUGGCGGACGUGGACCUCGACGCCAGCUGCCUUCUGAACAAGAAAAUCCGCAACGCCCAGCUAGCCCAGUACAACUUCAUUUUGGUGGUGGGUGAGAAGGAGAAGAUGACUAACAGCGUGAACGUGCGCACUAGGGACAACGGAAUCCACGGCGAGCUGACUGUGCCUGAGGUCCUGGCCCGCCUCAUGCUCCUCAGACAGUCCCGGUGCAGGAACGCUGAGGAGGUGUUCUGAUCCCAGACAUGGACCAGAUCCCAAUUCCAAAAAGAUGAACCUACUCACACUUCCAACAGCUACUUGCAUUUCUAGGAAAAAUCAACAAUGAAGGGCUCUGCAAAUUUUUAUUUUAAAUUAAUUUUGAUUCUGUUUAACCUGUAUUAUGAAUUUUUUGAUUAUUCAGUAACAUCUAUUGGGAUGAAUAGAAGACAUGAUGAAGAGUUUUGAUUUAUCGGCUCAGUCUUGUUUUCUGUGAGUGAGUAGGAUCUUUUUUGUGUCUGGGGUUGGGAUUAGGGUUAAAGAGAGCUGUGGUGAGGCAGAAAGGACAGGGCAAAGUGGGAAUUGUAGGUCAUGUUUAAGUGGAACAGAGUAGUGGAGUUGUGAUGAUUAGAAAAUGUUUAUCAAGGCAGAAUUAUUCCACUGGAACGUACCAGACCAUUACUGGGCGAGUGGGAAAGCGAUGUGGUAAAGUAACAUUUCACUUGAAGGCUUGUGAACGCGGAAGAUAUUGACUGAAUGUCCUGCCAGUGAUGAUUUUUUGAAAUGCACUAAAUGUUUCCAUAAAAGAACGUAAAGGUCUGUUAUUUCGUAAAUGGAAUGUUCUCUUAAAUGGAAGCUUAACUUGCGUGACAUUAUGAACGAUGUUCAUGAAAUAAAUGGUGAAACCCGUGA